UUCACACCCUCGUACUCUUCUCCCAAUACCAUUUUUUUAAUAUGUGUUUUGACUCUUCAUUUUAUUCUUGCCAUUUCUUUUUCUUGAAAUUGUCGGUCAAAAUGAAACCAUUUUCCAUAACCAAAGUCGCCUCUGUUUUUGGUGAUUUUCCACUCUGUUCAAAUCGUAAGAAUUUGAGGGUUGGAAGCUCAAUCGGUUGUUGAUUAUCGGCUUAAUUUUUUUUUCAACCUUGAAGACAACAAAUUUCUUCAUCUGAUUCUUGAAAUUUGAGCUGUUCUUGUUCUUCACCAUCAAUUUUCUUUUGCAGAAUUCUUGCUUCCAACCAUUGGAAUUGGAGGGUUAGAAGUUCAAUCAGUAGAUUUUUUCGUACAUAAUCGCAUUACAAAUGGCGUCGAUUCCUGAGAAGGGAGUGUUUCUGUCGCGAUCACUCGCAUACAUAUUCGCUAUCUCAGUGCUGUUCUUGAUCCUAUCUUCAUCACUCUUAUUUCAAUUUGGUGAUAAUUCCUUAGUACCCAGAUCAAUUUAUAAUCUAAUUAUUGUAAACAACACACCAGAUUACAUCCAAAUUGAUGAAAUCAGUGAUCAGUUCGAACCCGAAUCCCCCCCUUUUGUGUUAUCACCAUAUAACGAAUCAUACAUUCGCUCCCCUGCUUCUUGUGAUCGAAAUCAAGCUCUUGUUAAAGUGUUUAUGUACGAUUUACCCCCUUCGUUUCACUUCGGGUUACUAGGAUGGAAAGGAGAUCAAAACCCGAAUCAAAUUUGGCCCAAUGUGAGUAACUUAAGUGAAAUCCCCAAAUACCCGGGCGGGUUGAACUUACAACAUAGUGUAGAAUAUUGGCUCACUCUUGAUCUCCUAUCCUCUGUUUCUCCACACGCGUCUAGACCCUGUACUGCGAUUCGUGUGCAAAAUGCGAGUCAAGCGGAUGUCAUAUUCGUGCCGUUUUUCUCAUCUUUGAGUUACAAUCGGCGUUCCAAGGUUCAUGGAAGCGAAACGGAGAGUAUGGAUAAGAGUUUGCAAGAGAGUUUGGUGAAGUAUUUGGAAAGUAGAGACGAGUGGAGAAGAUUAGGAGGGAAAGAUCAUUUGAUCAUGGCUCAUCAUCCAAAUAGUAUGCUUUUAGCAAGAAAACACUUUGGUUCUUCUAUGUUGCUUCUUGCUGAUUUUGGUAGGUACCCUGUUCAAAUCGCCAAUGUUGAUAAAGAUGUUAUUGCGCCUUAUAAACAUGUUGUAAGGCGUCUUGACGCCAAUGACUCCCCUUCGUUUGAAGAACGACGUUUGUUGGUGUAUUUCCAAGGAGCGAUUUUUAGAAAAGACGGUGGAAUCAUACGUCGAAAACUAUAUCACCUAAUAAAAGACGAAAAAGAUGUACACUUCACCUACGGAAGCGCGUCAUCCGCUGGGAUCCGCACAGCGUCCCGAGGGAUGAUCUCGUCCAAAUUCUGCCUAACCAUCGCCGGAGACACUCCAUCAUCUAACCGGUUGUUCGAUGCCAUUGCGAGUCAUUGUGUUCCCGUAAUAAUCAGCGAUGACAUUGAGCUGCCAUUUGAAGAUGUCCUUGAUUACUCAAAGUUUGCCAUAUUUGUUCAAUCAUCGGAUGCUGUUAAAAAAGCGUACCUUAUGAAACUUCUUAGAGGGAUUAAAAGACAAAAAUGGAUUCAAAUGUGGGAAAGGUUGAAGAAAAUCGCACCGCAUUUCGAGUACCAGUAUCCGUCGCAGGCCGGGGAUGCGGUCAACAUGAUCUGGCAGGCGGUUCAUCGGAAAAUAUGUUGGGCACAUGAGAAUGGUGUUCGUAGGAGGAGAAAUAGAUACCGGAUGUCACAAAGGACUUUAAAUUCGUAGACUAUGUAUGGCUAACAGAAGAUUAAGGAGCCAAGUUAUGUAGGAUCUUUCAAGUCAGGCAUCAAAUGUUGUUGUACCUUGCUAUGGUAUUGAGAUUUUUAGCACUGACACAGUUUAUUGAAAAAAAAAAACAAAAAACUAAUAAGAGAUUUUGUUUCUUUUUUUUAA